AAGCCUAAAAUGUUAGGGGCAAAAAAAAAAAAAAAAGCAGAUGACUAUUUGCUGAAGAAUAUUCCAAAUGUUCUUGAUAGUGAGUCUGAAGAAAGUGAAUUCUCUGAUAUCUCUCACAAUGAAAACGAUGCCAGUGGCUCUCCUGUUGACUGUGAUCGUAUGUGUCCUCACCUGGAAAGCGUGAGUGGUGAAGACUCCAGUAUGCCUGAGGCUGUAACUUUUCCAGAGCUGCAAACUGCUUCUGUGUUCGAGGUGGAGGACUGGGACAAAGAAUUGGAGGACUCUGAAUGUGAUCCUUAUGAUGCUGGCGAUCUCUACUGUGGAAGCUUUCAGGAAAAUAAUCUUUUGGCCUCAUACUCAUGGCAAGAGGAUUCGUUUUACAACCCAGGCUGUCACCAUGCAGCUUGCCUUGCUUUUACGCCACCAGUUAGAAUGACUGAGACUGGCCAGUUUGAUGAUGCUGAUGAAUGA